AUGCUUUUUUUGCUUUUGAUUACCUUAACUACAAUUUUCAUUCCUGACUUUGUAGCAACCUUUAUUGUUAAAACCAGAGAUCGUAACAAUUGCAUAAUUUUAGCAAAGAGAAAUAAGUUAUUUUAUUCUCGAUCAAAACAGUCGAUUAAAGCUAAAUUCCCAGUGCCUUACCUACAUGCCUACAUAGGUGGUGGUGUUGGGUUUGCUUAUAAUUUGCUUCACAUUGAACAAGAUAACUCAAUCUAUUUACAAGACAGUUGA